AAUCUGGUUGACGUGGCACGAUUCAAGUGGUGAAUCAACCAAAACAAGCAGAUACUAAAUAAUCAAUUAAUAUUUUAUGUUGCAGUCAUUUUUAAUAGGAGUAUUUGCAACAAGCUACUGUAUAAUAAGAGUAAUAGAAAAGAAUUAUCAGUGAAGAAAGAAAAAAAGAAAAAGAAUGGAGGAAAUAGGGUUUCUAGGGAUUGGUAUUAUGGGAAAAGCAAUGGCGGUGAACUUGCUGCGCCAUGGUUUCAAGGUUACUGUUUGGAAUCGCACCCUCUCCAGGUGUGAUGAGCUAGUGCAACAUGGAGCCUCUGUUGGAGAAACUCCUGCAGCAGUAAUCAAGAAAUGCAAGUAUACAAUUGCAAUGUUGUCUGAUCCAGCUGCAGCUCUUUCAGUGGUUUUUGACAAACACGGAGCACUUGAGCACGUAUGUGCCGGAAAGGGCUAUAUAGACAUGUCAACCGUUGAUGCUGAUACUUCUUCACAGAUUAGCCAGGCCAUUACAUCAAAGGGUGGUUCAUUCCUUGAAGCUCCAGUUUCAGGGAGCAAAAAGCCAGCUGAAGAUGGACAACUAGUAAUCCUAGCAGCUGGUGACAAGGAUCUGUACGAUCAAGUAGUACCUGCUUUUGAUGUCCUGGGAAAGAAAUCUUUUUUCUUGGGAAAGAUUGGGAAUGGAGCAAAAAUGAAACUUGUUGUUAAUAUGAUAAUGGGCAGUAUGAUGAAUGCGUUUUCAGAAGGAAUUGUACUGGCUGACAAAAGUGGAUUGGACCCUCAUACCCUUCUCGAUGUGUUGGAUCUUGGAGCCAUAGCUAACCCAAUGUUCAAAAUGAAAGGACCUGCCAUGAUAAAAAAUAGCUACCCACCCGCAUUUCCUCUGAAACAUCAGCAGAAGGACAUGAGGCUGGCUCUUGCACUCGGAGAUGAGAAUGCAGUGCCAAUGCCAGUUGCAGCUGCUGCAAAUGAGGUUCUUGAUUUUCAUGAAAUGAAUAAUGCUGGUGAUCGCCUUGUUUCAGCUCUUUAUUUGUUGCAGGUCCUUGAAGAAGACUGAAGAUUAGUUGAAGCUGUUUGGACUAGUACCUCCAAACUUUGGUAGGUCCUCUUGAGUUCGAGGAUGCUACGCUUUAUUUUCUAGCUUUAGUAGAUUACACAUAGCUAGUGGAUGUUGUCCCUAGCGUUUCCUUUCAAACAUUUGUCCAAGAUAUUGAAUUAAGGCCGGUUGGGCAACUAUUAAUGAUAUUAUGAA